ACACAUUUUACAAAUGGCGGCCUCCUGCCGCACGCGCGAAUGAAUGUAAUAAAGUUAAAGGUUAGAGCAGUCAAAGCUGUUCGAAAUUUACUUUUUGCCUUUUUUUUUAAAUAUUUAAAAUUGUACAACACCGGUCAAAGACUCAAAGGCGAAUAACCUGUAUAAACAAUGGAAUCUGACAGGGAGGAAAUUGACAUCAGCAUAAAUAUACAAAGGACAUUAACUUCCAUCAAUGACGUUUGUCUGAAAAUAAAGAAAGAAUUACAAAUGAUCGACGAACUUGUGAAAGAAAACGGACACCUGCAUACGGUGGUCAACACGGCGAAUCAAAUAUUGUCCAAAAAAGUUCAAGAAAUGGGAAUGAACGUGGCAGAGGUUAUCAGUGAGAGUGAGCGCAAUGACAGGUUAGAUGCAAAUUUGCUGGGCCCAGUAACAUCGACGAUAGUUACAGAGGAAUUGGACCAAAUAGGUGUCUGAAACAUAUCAUUUUCAAACAUUUUUUAUGUGUAUUAUACAUUGUACAUUUGUACACUCGAUACCUGUUGUUCUUUGAUAAUUCAAUAUACAUAAUAUAUAUUUUUAUGAAUCAACUUUAUCGAUUAAUAGCUAAAAAAAUUCCCUGAAGUGAUAGAUAUUAUGUAUUAUAUAAAAUAAUUCUUAUCUCUAUGACUCGUAUUUUACUUAAAAAUAUUAUUUAUAAAAUCAUAUUAAUUAAAGAUCUAUUAAAAUAGUUUCUUCAAAAAAGAAACUAGAAUUG